AUGGUCAGUAGACAAAAUGUCGAUGAUUUACUGAGGUAUACGAAUACGGAGGUGUUUGUAUAUGGUACUAUUUCCUGGCAAAAAUUUGUGGCUAAAAAGAAUACUAACACAAUAUAUUUGUACAAGUUUACGUGUAAGACGGAGAGAAAUCUUGCCAUUGCUGCAUCCCCGGAAGCGGCUGAUCUAUUCAAGCACAGACAAGUGGUAGGACACGCAGAUGAUCUUUUCUACUUUUUCCCAGCAGGACCAGAGGUUGAUAUGAACUCUGAAACGUUUCAAAUCAUCGAUAGAGCCACAACACUAUGGACUAACUUUGCAAAAUAUGGAAACCCAACACCCGAUAAUAGCCUAGGUGUCUCGUGGAAACCUUAUACAUUAGAGGAGGAAGAUUAUUUGGAUCUAGGAAACACUUUAGAAGCUAAGACAGCGCCGGAGCGCGAAGAAAUAGAGUUAUGGGAAAGUGUCUUCAGAGAGUACUACCCUCAUGUUGCGCCGUUAAACAAUACAAACCACUUGUUUAGCACAAUUAUAUUCGACAUUUCCGUUACUCUGCGUCGUCAUUUCGCAGAAUACGGCCGUCGCCGCGAAGCGGGGGCAGAACUAGCAUCAGUUAAAGGAUUUGUUCGGACAGAAACAGAUGUGUGUAGGACUCUGGUCGUGAAGACCACUGAAUGCGGCAUGCGGCGUCGUCGUCGGCGUGAUAAACUUCCAUAUCAUUUUACAGGCCGUAAACCUCGUGUAGACCGGGAGCCGACGCGUAUUUGCCGCCUCAUCGGCUUAAUGCCUUUUGCGCGUCUUACGUGA